GUCGAGGCACAUUGUCUCUCUGAAAAUCUUGAUACUGACAUUAAUUUGAAGCAAUAAGUCACUUAAAUGGAUGCAGCACAAGUCUCGGAGCAGCUGGAGCCAUGGCACAAGCUAAACGACAAAGUCGUUUUGGUUACCGGUGCUUCUUCGGGAAUCGGACGAGACUUCUGCAUCGACCUUGCCAGAGCUGGCUGCUACGUCGUCGCAGCGGCUCGCCGCCUCGAUCGCCUCAAAUCGCUCUGCCACCAAAUCAACCACCUGAUGCCGUCGUCUGCUGCAGGAAACCGCCGCGCGGUUGCGGUGGAACUCGACGUCGCUGCCGAUGGGUCCACCAUCGAGAAGGCUGUGCAGAAGGCCUGGGACGCCUUUGGCCGUAUCGACGCCUUGAUUAACAACGCUGGUGUUAGAGGAAGUGUUAAAUCACCCUUGAAAUUGUCCGAGGAGGAAUGGGAUCAUGUUUUCAAGACUAACUUAACUGGUUGUUGGUUGGUGUCAAAAUAUGUAUGCAAAUGCAUGUUAGAUGCCCAUAUCAAGGCUUCAAUUGUUAAUAUUUCUUCAGUUGCUGGUUUAAAUCGUGGACAAUUGCCUGGGGCUGCUGCCUAUGCAUCUUCAAAGGCAGGUGUCAAUAUGCUGACUAAGGUUAUGGCUCUGGAAUUGGGGGCACACGGAAUCAGAGUGAAUUCCAUAUCCCCUGGAAUUUUCAAAUCUGAAAUCACUGAAAAAUUAUUGCAAAAAGAUUGGCUGAAUGAUGUGGUAAAGAAAAUAAUGCCUAUGAGAAGAUUAGGUACUUCGGAUCCAGCAUUAACAUCUCUAGCUCGUUAUCUAAUUCAUGAUUCUUCUGAGUAUGUAACAGGCAACAAUUUUAUCGUCGAUUAUGGAGCGACCUUAGCAGGUGUGCCAAUUUAUUCUUCUCUAUGAAUUGUGUACAUUGUACACUAACCAAAAGUAAUACCAAUGAGCUAUUUUAUUAUAUAUCUUCAAAUUAUAUAUGUAUGUGGAGUGUCUACUGCCUUGUUGAUAUGUCCAUUACUCCGUUAUGUUCUUAUUGUACAAAUGGUCAAACUGUAAUCUAUGAUAGUUUGAACCCACAAAUAUUUGUCUCUUUGACGUGGUUGGCCUAUCUGAACUUUACAGGUGAAUGGAGUUAUUG